AUGCCCAUAAGGAAACGAUCACCUUAUGGUCCGUUUGUUGAACGAGUGCUGCUACCAUCAGUCCGUAUCGGGGCUUUGUUAUUAGCAGUAUUGGCUAUUGGGUUCGGUAGUUGGCUUGAAACAAAUGAUAAUUCAAAAAGUUGUUCAUUUAAAAGUAGUAUGUCACUACAUCAGGUCUUUUUAUAUAGAAACAUAUCAAGUAAUUUAACAACACCGGAUUCAGUAUCUUUUGGACUGUGGAAACACUGCUACAUGUAUGCUUUAAAUUGCUCUUGUACUCCAACAAACCUUAAAUAUCAACCAGACGUAUCAACUAUUCUUCAGGUCGCAACCGAACAUCAUGCAAUUCCACCCCUUACAAAUAACACAUCUUUAAGCAGAAUCAUACCAUUGAUACUGGCAACAAUGUUUAGUUCGAUUGCAUUUCUGAUUGGAUUAUGGGCAAAUAGAAGAGGAAAAUAUAUCUAUCGAAAAAUCAUUGUUGGCCUAUUGAUAGCAACCUCAAUUCUUGUCGCCUUCAGCUUUGGAAUCACAUACGACCAAUAUUUUAGAAUGAUUAAACAGACAUGUAAAAGUCUAAAUAAUAACGUUUAUUGUGCUAGACAUGCAGUUCGAAUCGAGGUAGUUAUAUUUGCCAUAGCCCUAGUGCUCCUCUUUGUCGGAUUGAUAUUUUGGACUAUCGCUUCUUCAUUCUUUUCUAUACCGAUCGAGGAAGAGGAGCCGAAAAAACAUUGGAGUUUCCAAAAAGACAAUCCGAUUCGAAGAAAAAAAAAUAAACAGAAAUCCUCGAGCAGUGAGCAGAAUUUAACGGCAGCAUCAAAUUAUCAACAGGACGAAUUGGCCGUAUGGCGUGAUGUUACAAUGUUUGGUGAAGGUGACGAGGAAGAAAGUUGGCCACAAAAACCAGACAACACUUAUGAUCCAUACAAUAAUCCAUUACCACCACAGCAAAAUAAACAUCGCAGUAAUAACCCUCAUCUUCGUCAGCAGCAAAAGAAUGCUAGGGGUUUUUAUGAACAGCAACGUAGGAGUAUUGGGCCUAAUGAAAAAAUUUCUCUUACACCACCUCCACCACCAGACAAUUCAACAACACGAGGAAAUAAUAAAUCGCGUGUAACAUCUAAUAGAAAGAAUCAUCAUCACCACCAAAAGAGAAAAGAGAGUAACGAUUCUGCACUCACAUUUGGCCAAAAAUCAUCACCUAGAAGAAAAUCAAGUGGCAGACCCUUAUCAGAAUUAGAACCAGCCUUCCACCAAAAUUAUAAAAAUACUCCAACAAGUAUAUCACCACAUCCAUUUCAAUAUCCUCCAACAAAUGAUAGUAAUAAUUCGUUUUGUAUGACACCGUAUUACGAAGAUCAACCAGCUGAUCCAAACGGGUACUUCCAACAACCUUCCAACGUUCCAAUAUUAAGUAUGCCACCCGUUGUAGAACAUCCAUUGAAUAAGAAGGUCAUAAAGGAUAAAAGAAUCCAGACUUAUCUUCAAACACAAACUCCAACAGCUUCUACUUCAUCAUCUUAG